GCAACACACCUACACUGUCAUUUACUGUCUGACCCUACUCCAGUUUGCAGUUCUUUUGUCUCCAUGUAAGUGUUUAAUUUACAUGGCUUUUGUGGAUGAUUGAGUGACUUUCUUCAGGUUGGUAGAAGAUGGUGGGUCUGACUGCCUCUACAGCAAUUGGUAAUGUGAUGGAACUCUUGGUGACAGAACUGAAUGUGUUGCUCAAGCUGCUAGACCAUGAGACCUUGAGCUCUGCUACUGAGGAGAAGAAGUGUGCUGUGAGGAACCUCGUUAAACAGCUGAAGCCCUCAGUCACUGGACCAGAAUACACGUACAUGAACAUUUCUGUCUGCAGAAAUGGCACUAGCUUUGUGGAAGCCCUUUUUGAGAACUUUGACUGUAACCUUAGUGAGCUGAAAGUUGAAGAAGAAAAGAAGAAAGACCUAAUCCAAAGAACCCAAGCUGCACCUAAACCUAUUGCACCAGAUUCAGCACCUCCACUUCCCACCACCCCACCUCCAGAGGACUACUAUGAGGAAGCUGUGCCACUCAGCCCUGGUACUGUGCCAGAAUACAUAACUAGCCGCAGUAGCUCCAGUCCUCCUAACUCCAUUGAGGAUGGAUACUAUGAAGACACUGACAACUGUCUCAAUGUCCAAAUGAACCGGCGGCGCAAAAACUCAUAUAAUGAUUCAGAUGCUUUGAGCAGUUCCUACGAGUCAUAUGAUGAGGAAGAGGAGGAAAGGGGUCAGCGUUUAACCCACAAGUGGCCCUCAGAAGAGAACUCGAUGGCCCCAGUGAGGGAUUGCCGUAUCUGUGCUUUCCUGCUGAAGAAGAAGCGCUUUGGUCAAUGGGCCAAACAACUUGCAGUCAUUCGUGAAAAUAGACUUCAGUGCUACAAAAGCACCAAAGAUCAGUCUCCCUACAUGGAUCUGCCACUUAAUCUGUGCAAUGUCAUAUAUGUGCCAAAGGAUGGACGGAAGAAGAAGCAUGAGCUUCGGUUCUCUCUUCCUGGUGGAGAGGCUCUGGUGUUGGCUGUACAGAGCAAAGAACAGGCGGAGAAAUGGCUCCGGGUGGUGCGUGAAGUAAACAGUGUGGGGAAUGCACUGGACAUCUCGGCAUCUCCCAUGAUCCCCAGAAAAAGAGAAAAAGAGCCAGAAAAAGACUUGGACAAGAGAUUGUCUGGUGAGAAACAUGCAUCAGAUUCCGAUAGCAUGCCUAGUGGAGAAAGUAGCCGGGAGAAUGGUAAGCCCAAGCGAGUUGCUUUGUCAGAAUUAACAGGCACAAUGAGCAGAGCAGCAGGACGCAAGAUCACUAGGAUCAUUAGCUUUUCCAAAAGGAAGCCACCUCUACCUGGAGAUACACGAACACCAACACUUGACGAAGACCCUCGUUGUGGCUAUCUGAGUGUUUUGGUGAACCAGUGCUGGAAGGAGCAGUGGUGUCAUGUAAGAUGUGGCUCACUUCAUCUUCACCAGGAGAAAGUUGAUGGCUGGCGGAGCCCACACACCUCCAUUGUCCUACGUGGCUGUGAAGUGGUGCCAGGCCUUGGGCCCAAGCACCCCUUUGCCCUCAGAAUACUAAGAGGUGGCACUGAGGUGGCAGCAUUAGAGGCGAGCUCCUCCGAAGAAAUGGGCCGUUGGCUUGGAGUUCUGUUGGCAGAAAGUGGUUCUUCUGCUGAUCCAGAGUCCUUGCAUUAUGACUAUGUGGAUGUGGAGACCAUUGCCAAUAUUCGUACAGCUGCUCGAUACUCUUUUCUAUGGGCCACCUCCACUGAGUCAAGGACUUAUGAUGAGGUGCCUCACGAUGAAACAGAACAGGAAAAUGAGAGGCUGAAGAAUGGGUAUUUAGUAAAGCGCCGGUCUGCUAGUAGUGACAGAAGUAUGGCCAAGCCUCAGAUCACCAUUAAGCGUCACGGCUCUAAUGCAAAUCAAUAUGGAAGGUAUGGGAAAACACGGGCUGAAGAGGAUGCACGCCACUACUUGAGGGAGAAAGAGGAACUGGAGAGAGAGAAAGACAACAUCAGGAAUGCACUGGUGAUGCUGCGAAAGGAAAAACGAGAAACCAAAGAGAGAAUGAAGGUGGCAACAGAUAAACAACGGUUGGCACUUGAGGAGCAUGUGGCCCAGCUGGAGGAGAGCUGCCAAACAAAGGAAGGUCAGCGUGUGGACUUGGAACUUAAACUCACUCAGGUUAAAGAGAAUCUGAAGAAAUCUCUGGCUGGAGGAGCUUUAGGAGCACCUGUAGAGACCAAACCAUUAGGCAAGAAGACACAGAGAACUGAGGUACCAUACGUUGAGUCAUUAAUUCCAGUGAACUGUGAAGUGCGAAAGCGCCCCCUAUCCAUCUAUGCAUCUACAAAGGGAAAUGUUAUGCAAAAAGCCAAGGAAUGGGAAUCUAAAAAAGGGAAGUGCUGAAGAUGUCCUGGCCUUUUUUUUUUUUUUCUUUGCGGGGAGGUUCAAGUGGAGAACCUGCGAAGAAGAAUCUCUCAUGCAGACAUAAAACUCCACAGUACUCUUUGUCUCUGUAUAAACAGACAAUACGUACAGGAUCACAUCUGAGGAAUCAGAUGCUCUUUUGGGGGGGGAAGCAUGAGGUACAUGCAAUUUUCUUAAACUCCAUCACAAAUGUUUUAAGUUCGAGUACUUUGGAGAGCAUGACUAUGUGCGGAUAUGUGGCACAUCCAAAUAACACUAUCUGCUUAUUUUUUUUUAUAGUACAUUGUUCCAAGUCUGAACAUUAUCAAAUUACAGUAAUAAUUAGGUGACUGCAUUUACCAUUUUGGGUCAGUCAGUUGGAAAUUUACAUGCAAUAUACAGUAAAUUAUGCAGAGCCUAUUGGCCAUGGAAAUGGGGAAUCAUUGAAAGUAGGUUGGUUGAUGUUAGAACGUGGUAAUAAGAAUGGUAUACUGUUUUGAGUAUGUUGGAGAGCUGUGCAAAGUCACAUGCACACUGAGGUUUUCUGAGUUUGCAUUUACUUUAUAAAUUGUCAUUUCAGGAAGUGAUGACUGCUGUUUAUUUUAUUUUUUGGUAAUGGUUUUAUUGUAUGUGUAAAAACCUUCUGGAAACCAUAACACAAAGUGGUGCUAUUAUACUUUUAAUAAUCUAAGCUGAAACACUAACAGUAAGUUAAAUUAUAAGGACUGUAAUCAGUAUUUUGCUGACAUUUUCAUGCUUCUCACUAUUUCCAAGACUACAAUUUCAAUGUGAUUAACAGUUGCACUUUAUGGUCUUUGACAUGGAGGUGGAAUAAGGAAUAUUCAUAACAAAUGCCUAUAAAAUGCACAGGUUCUUGUGGA